UGGGCGUGUCUCCUCCUUCGGCCCGACUCGUCCGCCGCUCGGCUGUUUCCGGAGAGGCCUGUUUGCCGUAGCCGCCUUCUCGGCCUGGCCGACUUGCGAGGUCGGGUUUGGGGAGCCGGGAGGCGGCCGGCGAGAUGGAGGCCGUGCCCCGCAUGCCCAUGAUCUGGCUGGACCUCAAGGAGGCCGCCGAGUUCAGCUUCCAGUCGGCCGUCAAGAAGUUUGUGCUGAAGAACUACGGAGAGAAUCCGGAAGAUUAUAACGAGGAGCUGAAGAAACUUGAACAGCUCCGGCAGAACGCUGUCAACGUGCCGAGGGAUUUCGAAGGAUGCAGCAUUUUACGGAAAUACCUGGGCCAACUUCACUACCUCCAGAGCCGAAUUCCGAUGGGUGCCGAACAAGAGGCGUCGGUCCCCAUCACUUGGACUGAGAUCUUCUCCGGCAAAGCUGUUACUCAUGAAGAUAUCAAAUACGAGCAGGCCUGCGUCCUCUACAAUCUGGGAGCCUUGCACUCCAUGCUGGGAGCCAUGGACAAACGGGUCUCUGAAGAGGGCAUGAAAGUCUCCUGCACCCAUUUCCAGUGUGCGGCUGGCGCCUUCACAUACCUUCGGGACCACUUCCCCCAUUCCUACAGCGUGGACAUGAGUCACCAGAUCCUGAACCUCAACAUUAACCUCAUGCUGGGUCAAGCUCAGGAAUGUCUCCUGGAGAAAUCCAUGCUGGACAACCGGAAGAGCUUCCUGGUGGCUAGGAUCAGUGCCCAGGUGGUGGAUUACUACAAAGAGGCCUGCCGUGCUUUGGAGAACUCUGACACGGCCUCCCUGCUGGGAAAAAUCCAGAAAGACUGGAAGAAACUUGUGCAGAUGAAGAUCUAUUAUUUUGCUGCUGUGGCCCACUUACACAUGGGAAAACAGGCAGAGGAGCAGCAGAAGUAUGGUGAGCGGGUCACCUACUUCCAGAGCGCCUUGGAUAAACUCAACGAAGCCAUCCGAUUGGCCAAGGGCCAGCCCGAAACUGUUCAGGAGGCUCUGAGAUUCACCAUGGAUGUCAUCGGAGGGAAGUAUAAUUCAUCCAAAAAAGAUAACGACUUUAUCUACCACGAGGCCGUCCCCGCGCUGGACACCUUGCAGUCUAUUAAAGGGGCUUCGUUGGUGAAAGCGCUCCCUGUCAACCCCACCGAUCCAGCUGUAACUGGCCCUGACAUUUUCGCCAAACUGGUGCCAAUGGCUGCCCACGAAGCCUCUUCGCUCUACAGCGAGGAGAAAGCCAAGCUGUUGAGGGAUGUCAUGGCCAAGAUCGACGCCAAGAACGAGAUUCUCGAGCAGUUCAUGGACUCCCUGCAGCUGGACCCUGAGACGGUGGACAAUUUGGAGGUGUACGACCACAUCCCGCCCGUCUUGAUGGAGAAAUGCGCGGCACUCAGCGUACGCCCAGAGACCGUGAAAAACCUGGUCCAAUCUAUGCAAGUCCUCUCCGGCGUCUUCACUGAUGUGGAAGCCUCCCUGAAGGAUAUCAAGGACCUGCUGGAGGAAGACGAGAGCGAGGAGCAGAAGCUUCGGGAGACCCUGGGCAAGGCCCAUUCAUCUCCCCCAGACUCCGCGGUCCCCUCUACUGGUGGGGUGGCCGAAGUGUCCAAGGAGUGGGCCAAAUACCUGGAGGUCCACCAGAAGGCCAGCUUCACCAAUACCGAGCUCCACAAAGCCAUGAACCUCCACAUCACCAACCUCCGGCUCCUCAGCGGGCCCUUGGAGGGAGUCAAGGCCACCCUGCCUUCCCCCAGCCUCUCAGAGGAUGACCAGCAAGCCAUCCAGAAUGUCAAGCGUUUACUGGCCAAAGUGCAAGAAAUGAGAGACCAGCGGGUCUCCCUGGAGCACCAGCUCCGCGAGAUGAUCCAGAAGGACGACCUCACCACCUCUCUGGUGACCACCAACCAGUCCGAGAUGAAGAAGCUCUUUGCGGAGCAGCUGAAGAAGUACGACCAGAUCAAAGUCUACUUGGAGCAGAACCUGGCUGCCCAGGAGAACAUCCUCAAAGCUCUGACGGAGGCCAACGUCAAGUAUGCCGCCGUCCGGAAGAUCCUGGCAGAGGUGGAGCACAAGUGGAACACCACCCUCCAGACCUUGGUGGCUUCAUAUGAAGCCUACGAAGACUUGAUGAAGAAGUCUCAAGAAGGGAAAGAAUUUUACGCCGACUUGGAGGGCAAAGUGGCCAAACUCCUGGAAAAAACGCAGACCGCCUGCAAAAUGGCUGAAACGGCCCGACAGCAGAUCGUGGAGAAGGAGAUGAAGAAGAAGGCUCCCUCACGGCCCACCACCUCGAAACCCGUCCUCCAAAAGAAGGCUUCGGAGGCAGAGUUGGCCUGCGAGCCACUGGGCCUGGCCUCCAUCUCGCUGGCCGACCUGCCUGAGGAGCUGCGUAGCCUCCCGCCGGAAGUCCUGGCCGCUCACCUGGCGCAACUCCCCGCUGAUGCUCUGGCCGCGCUACGUAGUGAGCCGCCUUUGCCCACCGCAGGGAUCAGGAAUCCUGUGGGUGAAGCCUUUGCGGGGGUCCUCCCGCUCAGGCCACCCUUUGACCCGGGCCAGUUCCCAGUAACCGGCCCCCCUCCUCGACCAUACCAGCCAGCCAGGAUGUCCACUGCCUCUGGACAAGCUCCUUUCCCUGUACUAGCUCCCCGCAGCUCUACAGCGUCUCCUUUGCCGAAUUCACAGGUCUACCCACCGGGGGUUGCCACUGGUCGAGUCCCGGCCCACGUCCCACAUCAGCCGGUGUAUCCAGGUCCACCUCUGCCGCCUUCGAGGACAUCCCCACAACACGUACCAAUGUCUCGUCCUCCCCCAGGGUCGGUUUACGGGGUCGGACCGAUGGCGCCAUCUAGUGGGGUGCUGCCGGCUGGCCCACCCACCCCUCUAGCCAUGAGACCGCCAAUCCCGGUGUCUGGCCACUUUGUGGCUCCUCAUUUCCCACCGCACACGCAGGGUGUACGGCCCGCCACUACCACAGUGGACAGCCUGCAAGCCCCCAUCUCCAGUUGCACGGCUCCACAGGGGAUGUCCGGCUCCCUCCCCCAGUGGGCAGGACCUCCUUCUCAAGGGGGCUUUGUGGGAGGGCCCCCAGGGUCUGCCCCUUACCCUUUUGCCUAUGUGCCAGCAGGUACGGCUCCCUUCCGGCCUCCUUUCUCAGGCCCUCAGGCCCAACCUGGCUUCCCAUCGCAGGGACCAAUCCAUCCACCCUCCGAUCGCCCUGCUUGCUUGCAAACGAUGUCCAACAUGCUACCCUCACAGCAGCAGCAGCCAAUGCCCCACUUCCUGCCCCAGACCCAGCAGCCACAGCCAGCCUUUCCACAACCGUACCCAUCUCAGCCUUCAGGCCGACCGGGGCUCCCGAAUCCGGUCGCCACACAUCCCGCUAGCCAAGGACAGCUCCCACAUCAGCUGGGGCCUCAACAUUAUCAGCUGCCACCGCGAGACCCACUGCCGCCCCAUUCAGGGAACCUCGCCUUCUCUGCCCCGGCCCCAAGAAGCAUGAUGGGCCCCGUCCAGCAGGUCCCCCUUCACCGUCACGGUGCUGCAGCACCCCUGGCGUUUACUCCAACGUCGGGCCAGAUCCCGGGAGUCCCUGUAGGGUUGGCCGGCCCUCAACCACCGCCUCCAGUUAGCCAUCCUCCCCUCCAACACGUUCCUCCUGCCCCGAGUUCUGUCGGAGGGGCUGUUCCCCCACCGGCUGCCUCUCCUCGCCCUUCCAUGACCCUCCCACCCCCCUGCCUCUUGCCCUCCCAAAUGCCCCCCUCCUCGCUGACUCCCGGACCCCAGUCCUUGCCCCACGCGGCCUCCGAGGUCCCCUUCCAGCGCCCAAGCUCCUCGACUGAUGACCUGCUCUCCUCCAGCCCCGAGAGCCAGCAUGGGGGUCCCAAGGCCCCCGUCGGGCAGCCCCUCCUUCAACCCACCAAGGCCGAUGCCAAGGACGGCUUGAAGCCCAAAGCCGUCCAGCUGAUCGAGAACGACCCGUACGAGAAACCGGAGCGUCUUUGGCGCCUCCUGUCCGAGCUAGAACGUUUCCAACAAGGGGUAUCCCGGUUGGAGAAGACCCCCGCGCCAGGCACGGUCAGCGAGCUAGACAAUAUCUGGAAAGAGCUUCAGGACACCCAGGAGAAGGAUGCGCGGCAGCUGUCAAUCGCCAUCGCGCGUUGUUACACCAUGAAGAACCGACACCAGGACAUCAUGCCGUACGACCGGAACCGAGUGAUCCUUCAGUCGGGCAAGGAUGAUUACAUUAAUGCCAGCCGUAUUGAGGAUCUCUCCUGCUACUGCCCCACCAUUAUCGCCACGCAGGCCCCGCUCGUGGGCACCGCCUCGGACUUCUGGCUGAUGAUCUACGAGCAGAAAGUCUCCCUUGUGGUCAUGCUGGUCUCGGAGCAGGAGAUGGAGAAGCAAAAAGUGGUACGAUACUUCCCGACGGAGCGAGGCCAGCCCAUGGUCCAUGGCCCCAUCACCCUGGUCCUCACCAGCCUGAAGGCCACCCCUACCCACCUGGAGAGGAUGAUCACGCUGCAGUUCUGUGAUCAGAGUCUCAAACGGACUGUCAUCCACCUUCAGUUUUCCUCUUGGCCAGAGCUGGGCCUGCCGGACAGCAAAGGAAACCUACUUCGGUUCAUCCAGGACGUCCACAGCCAUUACCUACAUCAGCGCCCCCUCCACACCCCCAUUGUGGUCCACUGCAGCUCCGGCGUGGGCCGCACAGGCGCCUUCUGCCUCCUCUACGCUGCCAUGCAGGAGGUGGAAGCCGGCAACAGCAUCCCGGAUUUGGUUCAGCUGGUGAAGCGCAUCCGUCAGCAGAGGAAACACAUGCUGCAGGAGAAGGUCCACCUCAGGUUUUGCUACGAGGCGGUGCUGAAACACGCCGUGCAGGUGUUGCAGAGACACGGCGUGAUGGCUGCGCCUUCUGCCAGCAAACCGGCCAGCAGCGGCACCCAAAAGGUGUAUCUCCAGCAGGACCCCCAAGAUCUGGUCUUGGGGGGUGACGUCCCCAUCAGCUCCAUCCAAGCCACCAUUGCCAAACUCAGUAUCCGGCCUCUCCCGGGCGGCGCCGAGCCUCCCCCCAAUGGCCGAGGGUUGGAGGUGGGACCCUCUCUGCCUCCCUUUGAUGCCGCACUCCUGCCGGCAUCAUCUGCUGCUACUCCGCGAAACUUUCCCGAGCCGGGCUGUGUGGAGAGCACUCCGGGGUUUUCUCCGCCGGUCACACCUGCUCCGGCGUUGCCCGAGACAAUGGCGGCUUCGACCGUCGAGAAGAGCAGCUCCAUGGAAGAAGAGAGAAGUGAGGAGAAGGUGGAGAGUGUUCCGAGGGUAGAGCCAUUGGCGCCUACGCAGGCCCUCCCUACCUCCUCCUCCUCCUCUUCCUCCUUGGAGCUCCUGGCUUCGCUCACCCCGGAGGCCUUUACCAUGGACAGCUCACUUAAGGGCCGACACAAAGUGAGCAAGCAGAGUUUCCUCCAGCCACAAAACGGGGAGGGUCUGCGAGGAGCCCUUCCCAGUGAUGACCCUCUCAGCAAGCUGGAUCCCCUCUGGACCCUCAACAAAACCUGAGCGGAUGCAACAGUGGCCCCCUCUCCAUCCUCCUCGACCUAACUUCCUCGUUUCUGGUGGAGUUCCAGCAAGACGGCGGUAUCUCGGUCAGAGACCGGCCAUCCCAGGUACGCCAUGCUGCCUCUGGAACACUCUUGCCGUGCUUAUGGGUUGUUGAAGACCCAGCAACACGGUGAUUCCGGACACUCGGAACGGUUACUGGUUGCCUUUUCAUCCCGCCUCCUUUCAGCCCCAACCAGGGCCAUCGAUCGAGACCGGGCGCUUGUUACGGUUCGCCUUGAUGGCAGGGCACUUGAGCCAAGAGCAAAGCUGUGACGCCAGCCGGCUUCCUUACGCCCGCUCAAAGCUUUAGGGGCUGAUGGGAGGGGGGAGCACGGACGGUUCAGCGGUUCAAUACGCACACUCACCCCACGGCCGUACUCUCACGUUAGUCUCCUGUUCUAUGGCGGGUAAACUUGGGACAAGCCACUAAAGGCUGGGGUCUCCUACACUACCAGUUUCUCAUUCCUUCCCCCUCCCCCCCUAACAGUUGGUAGGACUUGAGAUGAUCCAGUUGAUCCUGCCAAAUUGGGGAGGAGGGAAGCAGGGAUCCCCAGUUAAAUGCGAAAGCCUUGGUUGACUCUCGGUGGAAUCUGGCAUUUUGUUUCCUCCCCCGGUUUCCUUAUAUGGCCAGAUACGGUUUCCCAAAGGUUGUUUUUCUGUUGCGUACCCCCCACCCACCCUUGAAAUGCCCAGGCCCCUGAUUCAGGGCCCUGGGAGUCCCCUGCUGUUUGGGCCACCCUCCGUCCAAUGAUGCUGAAUAUUGAGCCACAUGGGCUAUGGAACCUGCUUUAACAGCUAUCGAAAAAUGGGUGCAGACGGUGUGACCCCCAAAGCAGGCGUCCCACACUCCAAGGAAUGGGGGACAGCGGGACAACUAAAACGAGCUCUCUCUCCCUCAAGACAGAAAAGCAUGGGGAAGAGACUGGCUGCUUUCUGCCCCAAAGAACAUUGAUAAUGUUGCAGGUUCCACCAACCAUUGCUUUGCCUUGACCAUUCUUGGAAAAUAUUUAUAAUUUUUCUUUUCUUCUUUCUUCUGUACAAAUGUUAAUAUCGGCUUCUGAUUUUAAAACUUUCAGUGUAACUUAAGAACCAAACUUUUUCAGUUCUUUGCUACGAAAGCAAAUAAAGGGGGCGUUGGAGAUGGUAUCGCUGUCAGAUUGUUUUUCCUUCUCCCUUAAUUUAACAUUUAACUAAUUAAAUUUAUUGACCUCCUAUCUUAUCCACAGGGGCUUAAAAAAUACUACAGCCUGUGUCUGUCUGUCUGUCCAUCAUCUAUGAUAUUCCUGCCACCCUUCUUUACCUGUAUCUAUCCAUCGAUCCUAUCAUCUAUAUCAUGAUCUCCCUAUCUCUAUCUUCACCCAUAUCUAUCAUCUUCCUAUCUCACUAUGUCUAUCCAUAUCUGUCUGUACACCUGGCUCUAUCAUCUAUCAUCUCCCUCUGUCUAUAUCAAUUCAUCCAUCCGUUAUCCAUCUACCAUCUAUCUAUAUUUUUCACAAGGGCGUCAAACUCAGGGCCCGGGGGCCAGAUUCGUUCCACAGAGUGGUUAGAUCUGGCCUCUGGGCCCACCCUGGAAACAGCAAAGGAUGGGCUUGCAGUGCCUCUCCAGCAAAAAGGGAGCUUGGGGAGGAUGUGCGUGGCCCUCCCAAGCUCAGUUUUUGCUGUCAGAGAAACAGAGCGCAGGAGUGCUGUCGUAACCUAUGACAGAACCUGGGAGGGCCAAUGUCGCUAAAAAUAGAGCCUCAUUAAGCUGGCUACUCCCACCCUGGCCAUGCCCCCUUCCCACUCCCCCCCCCAAACAACCCUGACGCGGCCCUCAAUGAAAUAGAGUUUGACAUCCCUGAUCUAUUAUCUAUAGAUUAUAUCUAUCUAUCCUGUCAUCCAUCUAUCCAUUUGAGUCGUUCUCCAGGUAUUUUGCAAUUGCCCACUAGACUCCUAUAAAUAUUGAUGUUAUUAUCCUAUGUAUUGGCCAUUCACCUUCCACAGCUGACUGGAAUUUGGGGGAGCCGAGGGGGCCUGGCUAGGCAGUAGAUGCUAUUUUGGGGCAUAAAUCUGUCACUCAAAACGUACGGUGACACCUCGGUAUUCGACUGCUUCAAAACUUUUUGAAUUUGGUAGUCAACACAUUUUGACACAAAAAUGCCCUGGUGCUCACCUUUGUCUGGUACUCAACACAGUGCAAAAAGAAAGUAGAAGACAACCACAGAGGGGCGAAAGGAAGUCGGCCAUGCUCAGAAGAUUGCCGACAUAAGAAAAGGGACUGAUAGGAAGUCCUUCCCUACUGAAACGAAGGGUCACAGUAAAUCACAUGGUUUGUUUGCUACUCUUUUUAGUGCUCGUCGCACCUCCCAGAACCAAUUAAGCACGAGUACCGAGGUAUCACAUUUCUGUUUUUUAAAAAGGGAAUUACACUUAUUUGAAAAAUUAAUCCUUCAGCGACCCUUUGCAGAUAGAAUUCUGCCUUCCUAAGCAAGCCACAUUUUUCUUGCACCCAUUUCCACGUUGCCGGUAGCAAAGCUGCAUGAAAAGAAUUUUAAAGACAUUACGGUAGUUUCAGAACCUGGAAGCGUCAUGGCGAGAACAGCUGGGGAAAUAGCGAGCUCCGUGCAGCUAUGCAAAAACCCAGCCGGCAAGCCGCUGUCGAGAUCUCGGACCAGAACCAUCCUGAAGGGUUGGGGUACAAGAAGAGGCAUUUCGGACAACUGCGAGGAACAAGGCAAGCUCCUCGAUAAGUCGGAAACAAGGUCUUCAAAGAUCGGCGGCGGGGGUGUCAGCCAUCAGCCAUCUUCAAAUGAUGCUCUGAAGCUGGGGCAACCGGAAUAGGUUUGGGCAGGAGUGGUGUUAUGGAUGGAGUGCUGGGACCAAAGAAAGAGUGGCCGAAGCAAGGGUAAAAGAUUUUCACUUUGGAGCUUAAUUUUUUUCUGGAGCUUAAAAUAGCGGCUCAGCGUCAUUCGGAACAUGGAGGGAGGGAAAAAAGGGGGCAGAGGGAACCAUCAGUGGUUAAAUACCAAGCCCAAGAGGAUUUUGAUUAAUAAAAUUAGAAUUGGAAGAACUGAAAACAAAAACAAAAAAAAGGAAAAAACUUGGAAAAUGUGUGCAUGGAUUUAGAGCUUUUGGCUUGGGUUUGUGGUAAUUUUUCUGACGUGGUUCGGUUGCAUAGAAGGAUUCUAAAACCCACCUACCAGAGAAGAGAAGUACAAUAACAUUUUGAAAUAAACCCUUGCAGUAAAAACCUGACCACAGACGAGAGAUACUGAUAACGUUGAAGGAGGGUGCGGUCCCUGUCUUUUGUCUGACUUUGAUUUGUCUAUGGUGGAGGAAGAAAACGAAAAACUUUUGAAGUGGACUGGACUACUCUGGGACCUGAUAUUAAAAGGUGGAAACAAGAAAGACUUAAUUAACUGGUAAAAUUAUAAAGACAUUAAAAGUGUGUUAAAUUUGAGCAUGGAGGGUGGGAUGUUUGAGGAACUUGUUGAAAUGCUAAAAGAUGCGUGAGCAACAUUAAAGGGGCCAGAAAAAUUGUUGAAAUAUAAAGAACAGGAGAUAGAGGAACUUUGCAAGGAACACAAAUGAGAAACAAGAAGUUAACUCUGUAGAAAAAGAAAUAAAAAAUAAAACCAAUUAGACAAUGCGAUUGAGAUUUACAGAGGCAUAGAAAGAGGAUAGAGGGGGAAAAGGGGGAGAUGGUAUCCAAAAAAGAAAUUAGCCAAAAAUAAAAGAGAAAUAGUGGGAAGCGAAGAAGAAAAAGUCUUGGGAGGGUUAUCCCAAAAAUAUAUCGAAAAGUGAGAGAAAAGAUCCAGAAGAAAGAAUACAUAGGGAAAAGGGGGCGGGGGAAGAAACGAGGAACGGGAUCAGUAAAAUAAAAUGAAAUGUUAAUCAUAGUAAUGGUAUGUAGCUAAUUAAGAUGUAAGUGAACUAUAUUAAUAUUGUUAAUU